ACUUUUUAUUAUCGUUUUUAAGAUACAUGUAAAAGUGCAACAAAUAAACAACAAUAAAGAAGACUACAUUUGUAAGGCUAUCCCGGUGCUUGUAAAUCAGUGCAGUGCUACAGUGAGGUGAGUGUGAGAGGGACAGCAGCAGCAGCAGCAGCAGCAAGUGUCAUCUGGUCUUCCAACUUGGGGAGGGCUUUGGAGUUUAAAAUGGUGUGAAUAUGAUAGCCAUCGGGAUAGCUUAUGCAAGUGGAGAUCUGUCUGCACCAUUGAAAGUUGACAGUUCAGAGGCACUAAUCUGACAAAGGGACGGUAUAAAUCAACAACUGGACGAACAUUUUUCGAUAUCAAUAAACAAAAACAGUUGGGGAGCAAAAAAACAAAAACAGGUGGGGAGAGUUUUUCUGAGUGUGAGCGGCUGCAUGAGACGGAGACUUGUGAGGACGCACGGGUAACAGAGGAGAACCCAGAGGAGGUGAGUGACGGGCUUACCCUCGGAGGGGUAAAAAAGAUGACCGUGGUGUCCCAGGAGAACCACGACGACACUGUGGUCGUAACUCCUUUGUUGCAAGAUGCUGCUGACUUGGAAGCAGCCGACACGGAGUGCAGCGAGCGCGUGGUCAUCAACAUCUCGGGUCUGCGCUUCGAGACGCAGCUAAAGACCCUCUCGCGCUUCCCCAGCACGCUUUUGGGAGAUCCGCGUAAACGGAUGCGUUUCUUUGACCCUCUGAGGAAUGAAUACUUCUUUGACAGGAACAGGCCGAGCUUUGACGCCGUCCUCUAUUAUUACCAGUCAGGAGGGAGACUCCGGAGGCCCGUCAGUGUACCUGUGGAUAUUUUCCUGGAGGAGUUAAAGUUUUAUGAAUUUGAGGAGGAGACCAUUGAACUUUUCAAAGACGAUGAGGGUUUAUCGAGGGAGGAGGAUCGCCCUCUGCCAACCAACAUAUACCAACGCCAGUCAUGGCUCCUUUUUGAGUAUCCAGAAAGCUCAGGACCUGCACGGAUAAACGCCAUUGUGUCUGUUGUGGUUAUUUUAAUAUCCAUUAUCAUAUUCUGCAUGGAGACUUUACCCGAGUUUAGAGAGGUCCCACUGGUGCCAAAAACUCAUCCCAAUGGGAGUAUCAUCGCCUUUGAGCCCAGUCCGUUCACAGAUCCGUUUUUCAUGGUGGAGACACUUUGCAUCGUGUGGUUCUCCUUUGAGUUCACCAUGAGGUUUCUGUCGUGCCCCAGUAAAGCAGCUUUCUUUAAAAACAUCAUGAACAUAAUCGAUGUUGUGGCAAUAGCUCCAUAUUUUAUCACCCUGGGCCUUGACCUGGCGGAGCAUCAGGGCAGCAGUCAGCAGGCAGCGUCUCUGGCCAUCCUCAGGGUCAUCCGUCUGGUCCGAGUCUUCAGGAUCUUUAAACUUUCCAGGCACUCCAAAGGUCUCCAGAUCCUCGGCCAGACGCUUCACGCCAGCCUCAGGGAGCUGGGACUGCUCAUCUUCUUCCUGAUCAUUGGAGUUGUUUUAUUCUCCAGUUCGGUUUAUUUCGCAGAAGCAGAAGACCCAGAUUCUGGAUUUACAAGUAUACCCGAUGCGUUUUGGUGGGCAGUGGUGACAAUGACGACAGUUGGAUAUGGAGACAUGUGCCCCUCCACCAUUGGGGGCAAAUUCGUUGGAUCGUUGUGCGCCAUUGCAGGAGUGCUAACCAUAGCUUUACCUGUCCCUGUCAUAGUGUCAAAUUUCAAUUAUUUCUACCACAGAGAGAACGAGGAUGAGGAAAAUGUUGUGUAUGUGCACGUCAAAUGCGGACAGCAGCAGCAGCCCUCCUUAAGUGAAAGUGAUUCAAACAAAAGCAACCAGCCGCUCUCCAAAACUGAGUCCUUCCAGGAGAGCGACGACUUGGAAACUUUGACGCAUCAAAAAGUAAUCCCAGUGGAGACAUGCACAGUGAGACUGACAGAGGUAUAAAACGUUGGAAGGAGUUUUUAUUUCUGGAGGCAGACGAGUUUGUGAAGCGUGUAUCAGAGUCGCAACAAAACACAAAUGUGGGAUUCUUUUCUUCUCAAAAGUAGUGGAUAAUUUUCUCACCGAUAUUCUUUCAUUGCCAGUGUUGUAUAUACAGAGAUGGAGGAAACGCUUUGGAAAGAUUCAGUCUGCGAUAAUGGACAUUGUGUUUAUCAACAGUUGAAAAAACAACAUUCUUUUGUGUAGGCUUUAUUGAUGACCACGCUUUCUGUGUAUAAAAAGCCUUGGGUAUACUACGUUGUUUUGUAAUUCUGAAUCUUCCCUUUUCUUAUGCAGUUUUAAUGCAAACUUGGAGAACAUAGCCCACAUAGACAUUACAAUGCAAUGUCUGCAUGACAUGAAUGCAUUGUGAAUUUUAAAUGUAAUAAAAUAUUUAUUUUUCUAAUUCAAACA